CAUCAGUGGCAUGCUUCAUGGAGAUAUGCUCCUCUCACUGCCCUCUGCCCCAGCAACAUGGAUUGUCACAUCUCCAUCCUCCUCUUUCUCAUCUGCUCAGCGCUCAGCUGCUUCGGGGAACUGAUUCUCCAUCCUGCCAACGAAGUUAAUCUACUGGAUUCAAAAGCAAUUCAAGGGGAGCUGGGCUGGAUCUCCUAUCCAUCACAUGGGUGGGAAGAAAUCAGUGGUGUUGAUGAACACUAUACUCCUAUCAGGACGUACCAGGUGUGCAAUGUCAUGGAUCACAGUCAGAAUAAUUGGUUGAGAACCAAUUGGGUCCCUCGCAACUCAGCUCAGAAGAUUUAUGUGGAGCUCAAGUUUACCCUGCGAGACUGUAAUAGCAUUCCCUUAGUACUGGGUACCUGCAAGGAGACUUUCAACCUGUACUACAUGGAGUCUGAUGACGAUCAGGGGGUCAAAUUCAAGGAGCAUCAAUUUACAAAGAUCGACACUAUUGCAGCGGAUGAGAGUUUCACACAAAUGGAUCUCGGGGACCGAAUUCUCAAACUCAACACGGAGGUUCGAGAGGUAGGACCUGUCAGUAGGAAAGGCUUUUAUCUGGCUUUCCAAGACGUUGGCGCCUGUGUGGCCUUGGUGUCAGUGAGAGUAUACUUCAAGAAGUGUCCUUUCACCGUCAAAAACUUGGCUAUGUUUCCAGACACUGUUCCCAUGGACUCGCAGUCCCUUGUGGAAGUGCGGGGAUCUUGUGUUAAUCAUUCCAAGGAAGAGGACCCACCCAGGAUGUACUGCAGCACAGAGGGCGAGUGGCUGGUGCCCAUUGGCAGGUGCUUGUGUGAUGCUGGUUAUGAAGAGAGAGGCUCUGCGUGCCAAGGUAACAGUGUGCUCUAUGCUUACAGUUCUGUUUCUCGGCUGGGAGGGAACCCGGCGGAAGUGCUGUCCGUGUUUGUAAUCGUUGUUUUCCUGCCCUUCUGACUUGAAUCAACUGGAUUACAAAAUGGCAAAGGAAAAUGUUUCAAGAA